CUUUUUCCAACUGGUCCUGUCAGUCAAGGCUCAAAACAAAAUGGCAGUCGGGGGGAGCUGGGCUUUAACACUCGCAGUGACUGUGGUCAGCCUGCUGGUGGUCCAGGCAGACAUUAUAGCGUACGCUCCUGUAGGCCAGCUGUUCGUGCAUGAGCUACAGAGAGAAACUUUCCAGAAUGAAUUUGAGCCUUUCCUCAAAAUCUACGGGAGGGUAUAUAAUGACCCCAUGGUGUUCAAGUGCAACAGGCAGCUGUUCCCAGACCUGCCCCGCUGGCUGCGCUUUACCCAGCGUCACCCGUACGACAACGGCUUCCUGUACGGCACCCCGCUGCAGGAGGACCUGGGCAAGAACAUUAUAGAGAUCUUUGUGACGAAUAAGAGAAGUUACGAGACCUUCAAGGAGCGUCUGGUCAUAAACGUGGGGCCUGCAGUCAAACUGAUGCCCUACCAGGCCGAGUUCUUCAUUGAGCUGAGGGAGAUCGAGAAGGUGCUGCCCUCUGAAGUUCAGAAUCAGAUAAAGCAGGACAUUCAGCUGAUGUGGGGCACUGAAAGGCUGGACUACGUCAACAUCACCUCCGCCCUGGACCGGGGUGGCCGUGUCCCCCUGCCUCUGGCUGGGCACUACGAGGGUGUGUAUGUGAAGCUGGGCUCAGAUCAGCCCUACUCUAAAUGUCUGCGGAGGCUGCAGACAGCAGCGCACCAGAGAGAGUGUGAAGCCGGUGGUAAAAUCAGCGGAGACUGCAGCGUCUGCACCAUCCCUGCCGACUGCAUAACCUGGUGCAAAUCAACGCUGAUUGAUUUGUCCAGGCCUGUGCCUCCUCCUGUAGCCCCGACUAUUGGUUCAGGAAUCCUGGCCUGGGGUGGAGAGUUUAACCCCCCUGACUCUCCGCCUGAGAGAGACUUCAUCCCCGACUACAUCAUCACCGUAAUCAUUCCCUUCGCUCUUGCUCUCAUCCUCUGCCUCAUUCUAGCGUACGUGAUGUGCUGCAGGAGGGAAGGAGUUCAGAAACGAGAUGCCAUGACUUCAGAAAUCCAGCUGUACCAUCAUCACACCAUCCACGGAAACACCAGUGAGCUGAGGACGAUGGCGGACGGUCGGUCCGGCGUACCACAGCCCCUCUCCACGCUGCCCAUGUUUAACGCCCGCACCGGCGAGACGGCGCCCCCUCAGUAUCCCUCUGACAGCGUCCACAUCCCUCUUAUCAUGGCCCAACAGGAGCCCAAUGUUGACACACUGCCCAGGAAAUAAAAGCACAAAUCUCAGGAACAUAUUUGCUGUGGAGUUUCUUUUCUCUGUGUUAACUGCAGAUGAUGAACAAUGAAGAAAUAUUUGUUUCCUUUAUUUCUGAUCUU